AUGGAAUCUUCCACGAUACUCAAGCCCAAAUGGGUCCCCAUAGAGCAGUUGAGGCCAGGAGAGAAAAGGAGGCAGAAAGGGCUCAUCAAGCUCUGUAUUGACCUAAGUCCUGAGAUCAUGGACAUGUUGAUACGGAGCUAUGGCCCGUAUCCUCUCUUCUGGUGCUUCGACGUGCGUGCUGUGGUGAGUGCUAUGAUUCAGGAACUUGAGGCAGGGAAGCAAGGCGGUUCGGAGGGGGAGGGGCCGGUAUUCAUGGUCACCCGCAAACAACAUCCCAUGGGCCUCCAUUCCAGGGAGGCAGUCAGGGAUGCUAUUGGGGGGCACCAUCGGCCGCUGGGAUGUAGUACUGGUUCCCCAACGACAUCUGCAGCUCCAUUCCAAUCCUACCCGCCCACCUGCGUGCUUCCCCCCUCUCACCCCGAUCAGCGGGGGCCAAAUCUUGGUGCGCUGUGGAUAAGACCUCAACCUUUCCCCAUCCCACUACCACCGCCGCCUAUACCACUGCCGCCGCCGCCGCCUAUGCCACCGCCACCGCCGCCACCCCACCCCCUCCCCCAGUUCCCACUCCUUCGCCGGCUCCCCCCAACCAAUCGACAUCUCCAAAUGUCUCAUAUGCCUGAAUACAGACCAGGUACUCGUCAGAUCUCUGUGAGUUUAUCUAGUAUCAUUGCGUAG